AGGCAGGUCAACGUUUCGUUAUUACAGGUCGUUUUGGUGACCAGCUCUCCAUGUGAUAGUUUGUCGAUCGAACAAUUCGUACCUGUAGCAUUCUUUCUCCAACCAUGCCCUCCGACAUUGUGGUCGUCGGAGCAGGUGUGAGUGGACUUACGACAGCCUUGCUGCUGGCCCGUACGCACAAGUACAAUGUCACGGUCAUUGCGAAGCACAUGCCAGGCGACUACGAUAUCGAAUAUGCAUCACCAUGGGCCGGAGCGAACUAUCUACCCGUUGCGCAGCGAGGCACGCCUUCGGAGACCUAUGAGCGCAACACCUGGCCGGAGCUUGCACGGUUAGCAAGCGAGCUACCUGAGGCUGGCGUGCACUUUCAAGACACCGUCAUCUACCGAAGAGCGAAGGAUGUCGGCACACCAACUGGCGACUGGUUUGCGGAACUAAUCAAGGCGGACGCAUGGUUCAAGGAAGUCGUUCCAAAUUUUCGGGCACUCUCACAGUCAGAACUGCCGGCGGGUGUUGAUGGCGGAACGUCCUUCACGUCCGUCUGCAUCAACACCGCGCUCUAUCUACCCUGGCUGGCAUCUCAGUGCCUGAAACACGGCGUCGUGGUCCGUCGGGCCAUACUCUCUCACAUCUUGGAAGCAGCAAACCUCCAUCACUCCGGCAAGCGAGCGGACUUAAUAGUCAACUGCACCGGUCUUUCCUCGCUGCGUCUCGGUGGCGUCGAAGACACCACGCUUUACCCAGCGCGCGGUCAAAUUGUUCUCGUCCGAAACGAUCCGCAAGUCAUGGCCAGCAUCUCCGGUACAGACGACGGCGGUGACGAAGCAACCUACAUCAUGCACCGCGCGGCCGGCGGAGGUUGCAUCCUCGGCGGCUGUUUGCAGAAGGAUAAUUGGGAGAGUCAGGUCGACCCCAAUCUAGCCAUUCGGAUCAUGAAGCGCUGCAUUGAGCUGUGCCCAAAGCUGGUGCCUGAAGGCAAAGGUAUCGAGGCGCUCAGUAUCAUCCGUCAUGGUGUCGGCCUCAGACCUAUGCGCAAGGGUGGGCCGCGUGUGGAGAGGGAAGUCAUUGACGGAGUGCCUGUUGUGCACAAUUAUGGCCACGGCGGGUACGGUUACCAGACCUCGUAUGGCGCGGCGCAGGCGGCAGUAGCUCUGGUGGAGGAGGCAUCGCAGCAGCCUAGAGCUCGCUUGUGAGUUGUCGAGCCGUUACGAUAGCGUAUCUCAACAUGAGUAGAGGGGCGCCGUGGAGCCUGUCUAGCGAUCAUGAAAUUGCCAUUCGGGCGUGACAGGCACCAAGUCUC